AUGGCGGGCGCGAGAAACGAAUCUGCGAGGCGUGGCCGCUUAUGCGGCCCGAUGGGGAGGAACGGGGCGGACUUCGAGGAUCGGCUACUUACACCGCCCUUCCCUGCAGCCCCCGAGGAGCGAGGCACCCGCCGCGCGGGCCAUUGCACCGUCCCCGGGGCAAAGCUUUGCGGUGAAAAGGACGGGGAGGCGUUCGACGGGCUGCGGAAUGCGACGCAUUUGGACUGGCAAGUGACGUACACGCACCGACCUCCUCGUCGCCAGUAG